UUGACAUUUUAGGGGAUGAGGGGCCAUUUACCAUGGGAUGUGCUACUAACCCUUCGAGAUGGAGAGUGGUUGGAGGCAUCUGUAAUUGAUGCUUAUCUACAACACUUAUGUUUUGAAACCCCGACCCAUAAUACUCCUCGAGAGCAGCAUCAUUGGCCCAACCACAUAGUGCAGUAUAUACCUACAUACUGCUUUCUACACUAUGUUACGAAGAAUAAAAGUAUUACCGGCAAAUGGUAUUGGCAAUUUGGAGGUGUGGAGAAAGUCCUUGCUCCAUGCCAUGUCAACAAUAACCACUGGUGUAUGGCCAUUGCCGAAAUUAAGGAGAGAAAAAUUAUAUUAAUGGACUCCCUAAACAACGGGCACACAACUGAUAAGAAAAGAAUUUAUGGAAAAUUUCUUGUAAAAUUAAUUCCUAGAAUAUAA